AUGGAAAAGGAGCAGCACCAGCAGGAAGUGCAGGACCUACAGCGCUCGUACGACUUGGUUCUGCAGCAGCUGGAGGAGUUACAGGACUCUCGGGGCAGUGGAGCGGCUGAGACCACUAGGCCAACACCGCCCCCACCGCCAAGUCGUCGCAGUCGCUGGGCUGCCAAGAAGGAGGCCGAGGAAGCCUCGGCAACGGCAACGGAUCAGUGGGAUCCAUGGUGGAGCGGGGAGGAUCCCUGGGUGAAGGAUCCUGCUGUGGAUCCAGGGGAGUCACCAGAGUCACCUGAAGAUCCUUGGAAGUCUUAUGAUACUGCUGCAGUGCUACAGAACGACGAAGAUAUCCAACAUUUCGCAGAACAUUGGGAGCUUGAGGUCAACAAGGUGCAUGAGAUACUGGCUGGCUUGAAGGCCGAAGAAAUAAACAUGGUUCUCAGGCGCUUUCAUGUGAGCAAAUGGAAAGGAAGUGUGGAAGGGCUGCUCUGGAAGUAUGUCGAGUCGUGCCGGCGCAACGGCUUCAAGAAAGACCAUCCCACAGAUACUUUGGUUCAUUUCGCAUCUUCUUGGGGCAUGGCAUUCGAUGAAGUGAAAGAACUAUUGGAGAAGUUAAGCUUGGAGCAACAGACACAGGUCAUCACAGAGUUUUGCCAUGAUGAUGCUGACUACUCCGAUGCUCUGAGUGCUUUGAGGAGUUACGUUGGAUAUUUGUCAGACUAUGAUUUUCAACCGCCGGAAAAGUGGGAGGCCUUCGCCAAAAAGUGGAAGAUUCCCGCCCAGGACGUGGCCUCCCUCUUUCGGCGUUUAAAGGAGGAGCAAGUGGAUGUCGUGGUGCGGAGAUUUGUUCACAACGGCUACUCCAAGCAGGUUAGUGCUUCAACGCAGCUGAAGAGCUAUGUGAGGUCCUGUGUGGCCAACGGUUUUUGGGUGCAUCGGCCUAGCGUCGAAGCGUAG